AUGAAAACUACAUAUGAAUGGUUUGAAAAUGUAGCAUGUCGUGAAUGUAUUCUAACAUGCCCUCAUAAAAUCCAAGGAAUUGGUGCUGGUUUCAUCCCUGGUGUAUUGGAUGUCAGUCUUCUUGAAGAAGUUGUUCAGAUUUCUAGUGAGGAAGCAAUUGAAACUGCUAAGCGUAUUGCAUGGAAAGAAGGUCUGAUGGUAGGAAUAUCAUCUGGAGCUGCUGCUGCAGCAGCAAUUAAGAUAGCGAAGAGGCCAGAAAAUGACAGAAAGCUCAUUGUUGUGAUCUUCCCCAGCUUUGGAGAGCGUUACCUGUCUACUGUCCUGUUUGACUCCUUGAAGAAAGAGGCAGAGAAUAUGCUUUUUGAGGCAUGA